GUGAGCAAUCAUAAUUUCUGCUCGAACUCAACCAAAAAUGGCAGCAGAAAUGGCUUUACUGGAACCCGUUUCCAAAUUUAACACCAAAAUCCCACAAAUAAGCAAUUCAAGAACCCCAUGUUCAAGAUUUUUCACCAUAAGAAUGUCAGCCACCACUACCCCAUCACAAUCAGCAAGGAAGAAAAAUGCUGGGAAAAAGGAAAUACAGGAGACUUUGUUGACUCCCAGAUUUUACACUACAGACUUUGAUGAAAUGGAGCAGCUUUUUAAUACUGAGAUAAACAAGAGUUUGAACAUGGCUGAAUUUGAAGCGCUGCUGCAAGAAUUUAAGACUGAUUUUAAUCAGACACAUUUUGUAAGGAACAAGGAGUUUAAAGAGGCUGCUGACAAAUUGCAGGGACCUCUUAGGCAAAUCUUUGUUGAGUUCUUGGAGAGGUCUUGUACUGCUGAAUUUUCUGGGUUCCUUCUUUACAAGGAGCUUGGAAGGAGGCUCAAGAAAACGAACCCUGUAGUUGCUGAGAUUUUCUCUCUUAUGUCAAGGGAUGAAGCUCGACAUGCUGGGUUCUUGAACAAGGGUUUAUCAGACUUCAAUUUGGCACUCGACUUGGGAUUCCUAACAAAGGCCAGAAAAUACACUUUUUUCAAGCCUAAGUUCAUCUUUUACGCAACUUAUUUAUCCGAGAAGAUUGGAUACUGGAGAUACAUAACGAUAUACAGGCAUCUCAAGGAAAACCCCGAGUAUCAAUGUUAUCCGAUUUUCAAGUACUUCGAGAACUGGUGCCAGGACGAGAACCGCCAUGGUGAUUUCUUCUCUGCACUGAUGAAGGCACAGCCUCAGUUCCUUAAUGACUGGCAGGCUAAAUUGUGGUCACGUUUCUUCUGUCUCUCGGUGUAUGUGACAAUGUACCUCAACGAUUGCCAAAGAACAGCCUUUUACGAGGGCAUUGGCCUCGACACCAAAGAAUUUGACAUGCACGUUAUCAUCGAGACAAACCGAACAACAGCUAGAAUCUUCCCGGCUGUACUAGACGUCGAGAACCCAGAAUUCAAGAGGAAGUUAGAUAGGAUGGUGGAGAUUAACCAGCAACUGAUUUCAGUUGGGCAGAGUGAAGAUAUCCCAUUUGUGAAGAACUUGAAGAGGAUCCCAUUUAUUGCAGCUUUGGCUUCUGAAAUUUUGGCUGCAUAUCUGAUGAAACCUAUAGAAUCUGGUUCUGUUGAUUUUGCAGAAUUUGAACCACAACUUGUUUACUGAUUAUAUAGACAAAAUUCCAAAUUCAUUCUUAGGUUCGUAGAGUCUGUUUAUUGUCCCCAAAACAGUAGUGUUUAUUCUCCCCAAAACAGUAGUGUUGUAAAACCGGGAAACAGAGGCUUAUGUUUACAAGUUACUCUUAUGAGACAAAAUAGUAAUGUAUUUUGAGAGUAA